UUUCUUCACAUAAAUAGAGAGGGUGGGGGCAGCUUUCUCGUCAGCCCUUCGACGGAGAGAGAGAGAGAGAGAGGCAGAAGGAGAGAGAAGAAGAGAAGAAGCUCCUCUCUCUGCAAUCGAAAGGAAAAUGUCGCACAACCCUUCUCAACUACUCCCGUCAGAGCUGAUAGAUCGAUGCAUAGGAUCGAAGAUAUGGGUAAUAAUGAAGGGUGAUAAGGAGCUGGUUGGAACCCUAAGAGGCUUCGACGUCUACGUCAACAUGGUCCUCGAAGACGUCACUGAAUACGAGAUCACAGCUGAAGGGCGUCGUAUAACCAAACUCGAUCAGAUUUUGCUGAAUGGAAACAACAUUGCCAUUCUGGUCCCUGGUGGUUCUCCAGAUCCAGAAUGAAAAGGGGGGCCUUCCUGUUUGUUGUUCUUUUGAAGCGGCCAAGGUGUACUAACAUUUUCGAAUACCCAUGAAUGAUCUGACAUUGACAAGUGCAUCGCAUACUUCUUGUUGUAGAUUACAUGUUGAGACCAAAGAAGAUAUGCUUGAAUUCCUAUUAUAAACCAAACAAAAUCUUGAAUUUGGGAAGAUAGAUUCAAGGUAAUUUACGAUACUGAUUAGGAUUGUUUUCAUAGUUGGAAAUCUAACAUGGAUUUGGGAGAAGGGGGUGAAUGAUGAUUAUGCUUUUAUAAUAGAGGUAUUGUUUGAUGCUCAGCUCA